CUGGGCAGCAAAGUUUCUGGACUCCUCCACAGGUGGCACUGGCUCACAAAGCUGCAGGGCAGGGGAAAGAGAAGGGAGAGAUGCUGUCUCAGGAUCAGAGCUCAGCUGGGCUGGGAGUCAGAAAUAUGAGUUGGCACAGGCCCAGCAAUGUGGGAAGGCAGCCAUGGGGCUGGACUGUGGGGACCAGGUCUGGGUGGAACAGCAUGGCCAUAAGACACUGAUGACUUACAUUCACCUCUGUUUUGAGGAUGUUAUUGUGAAGGCCCUCACCUACUAGAAGCAGAUAGGGGGUUCCUAAGGUUGAGAUGAGGUCUCAGAAUCUAAUAGCCUCCAGCUCCCAUAUCUACUAAGGGCAAUGUCCUGCAUCAGUUGAGACAUCUCAAGCUACCCACUCCAGCCCUGAAUGAUCUGUUAUAGGCCAAACAGGGGUCUCAAUUUCUCACCCAAUAACCAAGGAAGGAGGAGGGGAUUGAAAAAGCUGAGGCUUCAAGGAGCUGGCUUUGUGAGGGCUGGAAGUGCCUGGGCACAGCAAGCUAGGCAAGGCUCAGAGGAACUGCUCAGGAAGGAGUGUCUUAGUCACUGAUCUAUUGCAGUGAGAAGACACCAUGACCACAACAACUCUUACUAAAGAAAGUAUUUAAUUGGGGGCUUGCUUACAGUUUCAGAGGUUAAUCAGUUACCAUCAUGGUAGGGAGUUAGGUGGCAUACAGGCAGGCACUGUGCUGGGAAUUCUGUAUACAGAAGGAGACACUGGGCUUGGCAUGGGUUUUUGAAAUCUCAAAGCCCAGCCCCAACGACACACUUGCAUCAGUGAAUCCACACCUCCUAAUCCUAAUCCUUUCAAAUAGUGCCAUUCCCUGGUGACUAAGCAUUCAGAUGUAUGAACCUUUGGGGGCCAUUCUUACUCAAGCCACCAUGGGAGGUUCAUGGCUUGGCAGGAGGCCGAGUUGGGGCUUGGACAUCCUGAGGUACUUGAGUUGAAGAGCCCACUACUUGGAGCACUUGGCACAUGUACUUCUGCCAUCUGCCCAAGGAGACUGCCAGACCAGUUCAUCCAGCUCCCUUGGCUUAGUUCUUGGGAGUGCCUUUAAUGUUGGGUGUAGAGUGGGGAUUUAGGGCAGAGGCUGGGUCAGCUCUGGGGAGCAUGAACCUGGAAAGGGAUGCAACUGGACACACAGUACACAUACACACUGCGCAGGCAGCCAAGGGUGGAAGAUGUAUAGGGCAUGAGACAUAGCACCUCAGAACUGGCAAGGAUACAGAAUGGCUCACAUCAACAACAGUGGGCACUUGCAAAAGUACUUAAGGAGGCUUCACCUGCCCUCACCUUAUUUGCUCCACACCCCAAGUAUCUCAAAUUCAGAGAUGAUGACAGCAUCUGACCACACCCAUUCCUAGGAUGUCUAGACCAGCCCCUGACUCUGCUAUAGCCUCUUCACAAUGAUCUAAAACUGCCCUGGAUCUCUCCCCCAAAUAAGAGGGACAGGCAGUUGUGUUAAAGAUCUUUCCUCCUCUCCAUUCAUAGUUCAUUAUCUUCAAGGUCACUGGUGGCCAGAGCCAGUCUUGACAUUCCAUUUGACUCCAGCAACCUGGGCAGAAACCCUUCACAAGCCCAUGCUAGAGUACCUCUGUGAUUCCCCAGUCAACCACUGGCACAUGCUCAGACACGUAUGCAUGUAUAUGCCCACGCCACCACACCUGUCUGUAGGCCCGCCUGUGGGCCCUCCCAGGGCCUGAUUCUAGGUCAGGUCAGAGCACACUUCACUGGAAGAGUGGUGGCAGGUGCUGCUGGUAGGACACCAUGGCUGGGUGUGUGUGGGGUCGGGGCAGGGAUGGCCCUGUGGGGUCCCUAACUCUGACAGCUCUAGCUGAAGAAAUCCAGGUUAACCAGGGGCAGCUUGUGGGACCCUCUUCUACAGGCCCUCAGGCUGAGCCCCUGGAGCUUAGACCUGAGGCUGAGACCUACACUCAAACGCUUAUCCCUGCCUUGGAGGCCCAGCCUGGGAAUGAAGUGAUUGCUCCCACAGCUAGCAGUGAGAAAUGUUCCCCACAGGAUGCCCAGGAAUCAGCCCCUGAGAGACCCUACCAGGCCUCCCAGUGUUCCUGGGAAGAAGGAACCCUUGCAGACCUUGCAUUGUAUACAGCUGCCUGUCUGGAGGAGGCUGGCUAUGCGGGGACCCAAGCAACGGCAUUCACUCUGUCCUCAGCUCUGGAAGCCCAGGGACAACGACUGGAUGAUCAGGUCCAUGAUCUGGUUCGUGGGCUGCUGGCACAGGUGCCUAGCCUGGCAGAGGGGAGACCCCGGCGCGCAGCCCUACGGGUGCUGAGCGCACUGGCUCUGGAGCAUGCACAGGAUGUGGUGUGUGCACUGCUACCCAGUUCACUACCCCCGGACAGGGUGGCUGCUGAGCUGUGGAGAAGCCUAAGCCGGAAUCAGCAUGUAAAUGGGCAGGUGCUGGUGCAAUUACUGUGGGCACUGAAGGGCGCAGCAGGUCCUGAGCCUGAGGCACUGGCAGCCACACGUGCUCUUGGGGAGAUGUUGGCAGUCUCUGGCUGUGUGGGAGCCACUCGAGGCUUCUAUCCUCACCUGCUGUUAGCACUGGUCACACAGCUGCAUGAGCUGGCUCAAGGUGUUCACUCCCCUGACAGCCCUAAGGUUUGGGAGCCUUUUCACCGAGGGCCACCUCACAGUCAUGCCAGCUGCACAGUGGAGGCCUUGAAGGCCCUGCUCACAGGGGAUGGAGGCCGAAUGGUGGUCACAUGUAUGGAGCAAGCAGGAGGCUGGAGGAGACUGGUAGGAGCCCACACGCACCUGGAGGGUGUCCUGCUGCUGGCCAGUGCCAUGGUGGCGCAUGCCGAUCACCAUCUGCGAGGCCUUUUUGCAGACCUGCUUCCUCGGCUACGAAGUACCAAUGACCUGCAGCGCCUCACAGCUAUGGCCUUCUUUACUGGGCUGUUGCAGAGUUGGUCCACGGCACGGCUCUUACGGGAGGAAGUCAUCCUGGAGCGACUUCAAACUUGGCAAGGUGACCCAGAGCCCACCGUGCGAUGGCUAGGCCUACUCGGUCUUGGCCACCUUGCAAUGAAUCAUGGAAAGAUAAGGCAUGUGAACACACUGCUGCCGGUGCUCCUAAGAGGGCUGAGCGAAGGUGAUACGCGGCUUGUGGGUGCUGCACUAGGCGCUCUAAGGAGACUAUUGUUGAAGCCCGGAGCACCUGUGAGGCUCCUUAGCUCUGAGCUGCGACCACGCCUUCCACCGCUACUGGACGAUGCUCGGGACUCUGUCCGUGCUUCAGCAGCGGGACUCCUUGGAACGCUGGUGCGGCGUGGUCAGAGAGGGCUCCGGUUGGGGCUUCGGGGACCCCUGCGGAAAUUGGUGCUACAGAGCCUGGUGCCGCUGUUGCUGCGCCUACAUGACUCCAGCCGGGAUGCUGCUGAGAGCUCAGAGUGGACAUUAGCCCGCUGUGACCAGGCCCUUCGAUGGGGCCUGUUGGAGGAGAUGGUCACUGUGGCUCACUAUGACAGCCCCGAGGCGCUAAGCCGUGUCUGCCACUGCCUGGUACAGCGAUAUCCAAGCCAUGUUAAGCAUUUCCUGAGUCAGACCCAGGGCUACCUGCGGAGCCCUCAGAACACCUUGCGCCUGGCAGCCACUGUGCUUGUAGGCUUCCUCGUCUAUCAUGCUAGCCCCAGUGCAGUCAGUCAGGACCUGUUGGACUCUUUGUUCCAGGACCUAGGACAGCUGCAGGGUGACCCGGAGUCUGCAGUUUCCGCGGCAGCGCACGUAUCUGCCCAGCAGGUGGCGCUACUUGCCCGGGCGCAGGCCCAGCCACGCCGCUCCAGCUUCUUAGGCUUCAUCCGACAUCACUCACACCCUACAAGGCCCCAUCCUUUCUAUGAUGAUAGUCCAUUCCUACGCCGGAGCCUUGCAGGCCGAUGGAACUGCCCUGAACCUCGUUGAGCCAGGCCUGGUAUCCAAAUUCAUGGGCACACACUAUCCAUGCUGUCACCAAUCCUUACUAUAGCAGAUCUGCAGAAGAGGAUCUCUUCACAGGUCACCCCAGGCCUAGUGCUGGACACUAGCACCCACUGCCCUGUAACUAUUUUCUAUGGACCCACCAUGUGACAGCUGUGUCACAGAUGGCCCAUUCCAUCUCGAGUCCCUCUUGUAGUCUUGGUCUAUUUAUUCUCUGCUGGGACAGUUCUGUCAACUCCCUGGAGUGUGCCCUCUGCUCUAGGUUAGAUCUGGCACCUGUCCUGGAUAGCAUCUGCUUCCCAAGACAGUCUGAUGAGGGCACUGAAGUUGGUGCCACUGUAGGCUGCAAUGCCCUCUUCCUAGGGCUCAGUAUGCCUACCCAUAGUCUUACUGUCAUGAUCUUCAUAGCUAUGUCAGUAGUCCAUCAAUUCUGUUUCUUCUUUCAUCCUGUUCCUUACAGCUAUCCUGGGUUAUGUUCCCUAUGUCCUUGAGGUUAUGUCCUCAGGAAGCAUUGACUUGCUCUCCUGUCCAUACCCGCUGUCCUUACUCCUUUGGAUAACCAAUCCAUUUCCUACCCCCACUCAUGUCAGAACCCACCUGUACAAUGGUGUUCUCUAGAAGGUAUCCCUAAGAUCCCUCUGUGCAGGAGAGCCCCAGCCAGGAUUAUACCCGUGGGUUGAAGUAUGGGGAGCAGGCACUCCACACCCACCAGACUGUGAAUGGGUAUGUCAUUACCCAAUGUCCUGUACAGGGCUCAAAUGGAAAGGUAUAGCUGGACAGACAGGAAGAGUCAGCCACAGUUGUGAUCCCACAUCUCCAGGCACUCACAAUAGGUAGCUUCCUCCACUUAGAAUGCCUACCUUAGAAUGUCCUGCAGGGAGGUCUCCUCACAACACAGGAUAUGCACAGGGUAGUAGGUAAUGCCUAGGGAUUUGUUUACCCACCCUGGAGUCUCUUUGGGACAAGUUCAGGAUCCUAUUUACCUAGCACCUUCAUAGAAGAUGUUCAAAAUAAACAUGAGUGAGUGGCAGGGGUUGGACAACUGUCCCAGAAAGUGGUUGUGAUAAGCUGGAUCCUGCACAAGAUCCAGCUUGGCUUGCAAUGAAUAAAAUAGUAUGCAGAGGACAUAGCACUUGCUGCUAUAGCCCCAGUCCCCAGGACCACCAACUUCUGCAGAAAGCCCUCCCAUUGCAAGUCUGGCAGCUAGGGACUUGGGUUUGACCUAUGUCCUCCCUUUCUUUUUUUUGUUUUGGGGUAUUUUUUUUUCCCCAAGACAGGGUUUCUUUGUAUUGUCCUGGCUGGCUUGGAACUUGCUAGGUAGACCAUGCUGGCUCAAACUCAAAGAGGUCCAUCCACCUCUGCCUUCCUAGUGCUGAGAUUAAAGGCAACAUCCACUGCCCAGCUUUGUUUAUGUUUUGUUUUGUUCUGUUGGUGCCCUCCCUUUCCACAUAGGGUCUGUUGCAGGCCCAGCCAGUCUCCUGUUUCCUUUCACUGGAGAUCUCACUGGAUCUUCCACCUGGGCUUUGGGUGUGGAUGACAAGACCUGCCUAUGUUCUGCCCUCCAGGACCUAAGGGUCCUGGAAGCAUUGUGGUGGUGCUAUGCUUUCUGGGAUCUACUUCCAUUCCAGGAGUUUUUCAAGAACUUCUGGGUAAGAUGGCUGUCCUUGCUAGUUUUAUGUUAACUUGACAUAAGCUAGUCAUCUCAUCUGAAAGGAGGGAACCUUAAUUGAAAAGAUCCAGCUGAAGGGUGCUGUCUUAAUUAGUGAUGGAUGGGGGGAGGGCCCAGACCAUUGUGAGUGGUGCCAUCCCUGGGCUUGUGGUCCCGGGUCUAUAAGAAAGCAGGCCAGGCAAAACACGAUGAUCAAGUCCAUGGCAUCUGCAUCCCCUCCUGCCUCCAGGUUCUUGCCCUGUUUGGGUUCCUGCCCUGACUUUCUUCAGGGAUGGACUGUCACCUGGACAUGUAAUCUGAAAUAAACCCUGUAGUGAUAGUCCUUCUGUGGCACUGACCACGCCCAUUGGGGGGUGGGGCCAUGGGCGGAGUGACCUGUGGAAGGAGGUCGGAAGGAGAGGAAAAGCUCUCUUGCUGGCGUGACUCGGACAGGAGAGGAUCGGGUUGAAUUUCCUGGUGUUCAUCUGUCUAGGUUGUAAGUCAUUUCUCCCUGAAUAAACAUCUAUUCGGCC